ACCACAGAUUCUUCUUCGGGGAAAGCCAAAGGAAUGGCAAAGGACCUGCUCAUGACAUCAGCGAUGGUCCGCUCUCCCUCGUCCUUCGUCCUUCUGCUGCAGCGCUGCUCAGGCUCUGCCGCUGCCGCCGGGAGUCGAAAUCGCAAUCGGAAUCCUGAGCCGCCAACUCGCAGCAUCGGUGCUUCAGUCUCGACAAGCCUGCUGUGCGUGCAGGGGUUUUCAACGCGCAACACACGCGGCGUAUAAGCAACGCGGCCAAAGCCUGACGCCAAAAAAGACGAAAAAUUGCGCGAACUAAAUUGAGGAACCAAAAAAGAAAAUAUAUUUGUGCCAUCAAAAUCAUAACCCAAAUACAGAAUAAGACACGAGUCAGAUUCACCCUUCCACUUGCAUUUGCUCACUUUUGUGGCCGCUCGCAUGACGCAAAGACAAUCCGCAUGACAUAUACGCCACAUGGGUCACGGGUGUCACGGUGGCUUGUAACUCUGAACUGGUAGGUGGGAUAUGGCAUCUGGGAUAGCAGUUAUUCGCCUCCUUUGCAUGUCUCGUCUCGCCUGUAAGCCAAUGCUAUAACAGUCCAAAGCCAACUUCUGAAAGUUGUGUGACGAGACAAACACCAACAUUUUAAGAACGCAACAGUGUACAGAGAACCAAAAUUAACUGUUAGAGCUUUAAAGCCAUAAAGAAACAACGCCAGCCGUCACAGCAGCAAAGUGGAGCCCAAGGAAGAUAAAUCUUUAAGGUGGAUUUCAUGCAUGUAAGCCAGCGAAAGACUCUCAGUCACGAUAUGAUGCAUGAACCAUCGGGUUUAAUAUGUAAACUCCUUAAAAGCGCUGAGUUUUCAGCAUCAAGAGUGCAGCGGCGUUAAUUUGCCCAAUAAAAUGCAACCAGCUACGAGGAGCAACUAGCGCAGCCAUAAAUAUCAUCAGCCACUGAGAGUCGGCGAGCAAUGAAACGAGUUUUCCCCGGCAAGACAAAGGAAAAACCGGCGGGGAAAAUCAACAGGGAAAGCUCAGCGGGCGGUGCGCCGCAUUUAGAGGCAGUCAAACUGGCAGCCGUCGGGCGCAGUGUUUCCUGAGGCUCUGAUCCUAAGUCUUCUGCUCCUGCCACCCGACUUCCUGCCGCCGAAUCCUUGAGCCGAGCACUUCCGCUUCUUAUCGCGGCAAUGUAAGCGCGUUUCCGUUUAGGACUCAAUCCCAGACUCAUUUCGCAGCAUCGGGAAUGGCAUUAAACUAGCAGCUCGGAGCUGGAUUACAAGUAAAUUGGAAAGGACUUAAAGAUGAGCUUGCUGCGCCUGCUUGGUGCCCUCUUGUUGGCCACAUUCAAUGGAAUGGCGCCUGUGCCCGCGGAGGGAUUGCACCUGUCCAACCUCUCCGUUCCGCGCAUUAUCGACGUGGCCCAGAAGGCGAAGCUCUUCUGCAGCUACGCGAUGGGCAAUCGGACGCUGAACUCUGUCAAGUGGUACAAGGAUGGCCAGGAGUUUUUCAGAUACUCGCCGCUAACACCACCGACAACAAAUUGGUUCCCCGUUGCAGGUGUCACCAUCGCCGACGGUUCGCCGCAUUGCAAUCAAUUCAUCUGCAACGUGGAGCUGGAGAAGCUCAGCGCCCACUCCUCGGGGCAAUACAGGUGCGAGGUGUCCGGCGAUGCGCCCGAGUUCAAGCUGAUCGAUCAGACGGCCAAUAUGACAGUCGGAGUGCUUCCCAAAUUCGAUCCAUAUAUCUCGGGCGUUCGAAAUGCCUAUAAAUAUCACGAUUAUCUGGUAGCAAACUGCACUUCAGAAAUGUCCAGUCCAAUGGCCAAGUUGAUGUGGUUUAUCAACAACAAAACGGCACCUGUGCACAGUUUGCAGCCGCAAAUCAACGAAGUCGCUCGUAACACCGAUGGCUUUCACCUGUUCACCAGCCACCUACAGUUGCGCCUCCACCUGGACGACCAACGGUUCAUCAGCAAGAGCGAGAUGCUGGAGCUUCGGUGCACGGCGGACAUCAUGGGACUGGCGGCGGUGCGCAGGCAGCAGCAGGUGAGAACUACCAUCCUGGCGCUCAAGGACGCCGGCACCAAGCAGCGGCUCACCGAGAACGGCUCCUGCAUCACCGGACAACCAGCUUCCCUGGCCGCUUGGCUUCUAAGCCUUGUUCACAUUCUACGCUGGCACGGCUCCCAGAGUUAGUGGCUGGCAUUGACGGGCGCUCUAUUUGUAGCCUAAGUUUCCAGGACUCGUCUCCAAGUGAACACACUUUAAAAAUAAACAAAAACAUUCAGAAAGACACGGGCGCCAAAUAAAUUUGGUGAUUCCUCGCACCAUUUCGAGCCAAAAGAAAAGUUAACAAGCCAAGGCAGCAACAGUUGAAUUUGUACAUAGUCAAAAUCGAAUUAGUCUAGGUCCGAGCAGGAAGCCCAGCCAUUUCCUACAUGAGUGUAAUGCAACAUUUAUUAUGUGUUAUGUGUAAACAAGCCAUCGGAAAUGCGAAACCGAAAAAUCAACACGGAUUGAAAACAAUGAUGCAUAAAUUAAUAUUUUGGUAUCUAAACGUAAAAUUUGCUACCAAAUACGAUUAUAUGUCAGAAUUAUAUUAGUGGAGGAAGACAUUUCGAAUAUCAACAAAUUUACACAUGAAUAUUUGAGCACAGAAUAAGGAACACACACAAUCAAUGACAAGUAAACUUAAUUAUUGUAUGUGAAUUGUUAACUGUAUUAAAUGAUGUAUGGGAAAUAAAUAAAUAAAAACAAAAUGA